UUAAAAAAGCUUAACUUGAAUACCUCCAAAUUCCCACCUCUUAAAUCCCCAUCUCAUUCCCCACUUGUUCCUUCCUCUCUUUGCUUCUUUAGUUCUUCCCCCCAUUUAACUCGAACUAAAUAUAUAAAAGCAAAAAAAAAAAAAAAAAAAAAAAUGCUUCUUGAGUGAAAGCAAAGAAAUCUAGCAAAUUUUUGGUGGGAAAAACAAAACAAAAAAGAUUGUCAAAAUGGAUUCUCAGAUUUGGUUGAUGGGUGUGUGUAUUUUAGUGUAUUUUUUGAGCUUAAACUUGAUUUUUGUGUAUGGAAACCCAGUUUUAGAAAGAAAAAGAGAAGCAGGAACAGUUUACAUUGAUGGAAGAAGCAGCAUUGCAAAAAUUGAUAAAGAUUUCAUUUGUGCCACCUUAGAUUGGUGGCCUCCUGAAAAAUGUGAUUAUGGUACUUGUGCUUGGGGUCAUGCUUCUCUCCUUAAUCUGGAUCUCAACAAUCACUUAUUCUUAAAAGCUAUACAAGCCUUUUCACCUUUGAAGAUCAGGCUGGGUGGUUCCUUACAAGAUAAAGUGGUAUAUGAAACUAAAGAUUCUAAAAAAUCAUGUAAGCCAUUCAAUAACAAAACCUCAGAAAUGUUUGGUUUUACUCCUGGUUGUUUACCUAUGAAGCGAUGGGAUGAACUAAAUGAAUUCUUCAACAAAUCUGGGGCAUUGAUUGUUUUUGGUCUAAAUGCUCUUGCUGGAAGAACCAUUCAGCCUGAUGGUUCUGCUACUGGUGCUUGGGAUUCUUCAAAUGCUGAAUCUUUUAUUCGUUAUACCGUGGAAAAGGGUUAUGAUAUUCAUGGCUGGGAACUAGGAAAUGAACUAAGUGGAUCUGGAGUGGGAACGAAAGUUUCGGCUGCUCAAUAUGCAUCCGACCUGAUUUCUCUUAACAACAUAGUAGAAGAAAUUUACAAGACUCACGACAAAUCAGAGCCGCUGGUUAUAGCUCCCGGAGGUUUCUUUGAUCAAAACUGGUUUACAGAAUUCGUGAACAAAACACAAAACAACCUUGAUGUAAUGACACACCAUAUUUACAACCUAGGACCCGGAGUUGAUGAACACCUUAUUGAGAAGAUCCUUAAUCCAUCAUAUCUCGAAGGAGAAGCCGAUACAUUCAGAAGACUCCAGAACAUUCUCCAAAAUUCUGGAACUUCUGCAGUUGCGUGGGUUGGUGAGGCUGGAGGUGCAUAUAAUAGUGGCCGAAACCAUGUUACUAAUUCAUUUGUAUUUAGUUUCUGGUAUUUAGAUCAACUUGGAAUGUCAUCAAAAUAUGAUACCAAAACAUAUUGUAGACAAACUUUAAUUGGAGGAAACUAUGGCUUACUUAACACUACUACGUUCGAACCUAACCCUGACUACUACAGUGCACUUCUAUGGCACAAAUUGAUGGGAAGAAAUGUUCUAUCAACAAGUUUCUCUGGGACGAAGAAUAUUAGAGCAUAUGCUCAUUGCUCAAAACUAUCACAAGGGAUUACAAUGCUAUUGAUCAAUUUAGAUGGAAACACCACCAUAGAAGCGAAUGUCGCAUUCAACGGAAGUUGGAGUCUUCUGCACACGCAUCAUCAUAAGCACGGAAGCAGGGGGAGGGCGAUAAGGUGGCAUCAGAAAGAAGCAACAGAAACAGUAAGAGCUGAAUAUCAUUUAACAGCAAAAUAUGGUGAUUUGCAGAGCCAAACAAUGCUUCUCAAUGGGGAGGUAUUGAGCUUGGAAUCAUCAGGGGAAAUUCCUGCUUUUAAUCCUUUACAUGUUAAUGCAUCAGAGCCUAUUAUUGUAGGACCUUUCUCAAUUGUAUUUGUUCACAUGCCUUAUAUCAUUCUUCCUGCUUGCAAAUAAAAUAGGUGGAACUAAAAUUGUUUCAUCUUGUAAUUGGUUCUAUUAUAAGUGAUUUGAUUUCAACAAUAAAUUUGAAAGGUGGAAUUAUGAAUGAUCUUAAUGUUGAGAAAGGUGGCAC